UGCCGACAAUAUUUAUCUAUGGUAAACGCGUAAUCGGCCCAAAACAACCCAAAAAAGGGGGAUGUUCUGUGGUAAUGUGAUGGUUGCACCGGGAAUCGAUCCCAGUGACCCAUUACGUCAUAUUAUGGCAAUCGCAAACCGGAUAUAAGCCGAAGGAUGAAUUGAUUCCGCUAAUGUACGCUUCGUGCUACAAAUAGAACGAAUAAAGCGGUAGAAAAAGUUUUUUCCCGAAGCUAUAAUUGCUGCUUUGAACAGAUAUUUCAUAUACACACCUUGAUAUGGACUUCAAUUUAAAUGUGGCAAUUUUUUACGAGCUUUAUUCAAAAAUUCUUUUUACUAAAUCACUUAAUAUCAAAGUGCACUUUAAGUUAAAGCAAAGCUUUAAAAUAUGGAAGCAAAAACAGCUCUUGAUCGGUCAGCACUGCCGAAUUUGAAAUAUCCAUGAAAUUCCAGUACAAUUUCAGUACAAUUCAAUGCAACUAAACAGCGCGUCUGGCAAUCUUGCUCGCAUUUCCAGGUUGUCCAGAAAAGGCAAAGGCGGCCGUUCAAACACGUUCAUUUUUUUUCGAAAUUACGCUUCUUGUUUUCUUGCAUGCCGACCAAUCAUCUGCCACUGCGGCGAUGUGUAUUCAAUAUGUGCUCACAAAAGGCCCCCUAAGCUGGUUAUUAGUGGUUUUUGUGAUUAACUGUUCGGGGCAAGAAGACCGCAUCGUCUACACGUCGGAGGACUACUGGAAAAACGAGACGCCGCUGCAAUGUUACGACUGCAAUUCGGCCUACGACCCGAGGUGUGGCGACCCCUUCAAUCCGUACUCGAUCGGUAUUGUAAAUUGUUCGGAACAGAAGCCCCCGGAGCACCUGAUCAACCCCGAGCUUCACCCUAAUCAGCGACUGAAGCCUACAGUGUGCCGCAAAUUGGUCCAGAAAGUCGAGGGUAAAAAGCGCGUGAUCCGCGAAUGCGGCUACAUCAUGGACGAUCGGGACGAUAAAUCCUGCCCUCGUAGAACCGGCACCAAAGAGGUAGAGGUGUUCUACUGUUCCUGCACUAAGCCUUUGUGCAACCAAGGUGCUAUCAUCCGUCCAGCCAGUCUCGCAGCGGCAUUUGUUUGUGCUCUUGUAGGACUAAGGUUCUGAAUCUCUGUACCAACAGUCAUUUGUUUAGUUUUCAAUGCGUCUUUUGAUUAUCAUUUUAUGAAUCUAUAUAUACUUACGCCGCCGUCCCAUUGUGAGCAAGAAAGUUAUGACUACAUUUCAUCACCACUACCUACUUUCUGCCUUAAGUACACGUAUUUCCGUUAUCAUUGCCAUUUAUUCUUCCAACUCUAAACUGAAAGUCUAACGAUCAUUAUAUUAUUCUACAAAGGAAUGAUAAUCAAAAAAAUAGUUUUACAAACUCUGUUAACUCAUAUAGUAGCCAGGGUGAGGAUUAGUUUUUACUCUUCCUAUUUGAAUUCCAGAUCAAAACUAGUUUUAGUGAAACAAUGUUCCUGAAGGGAUGUUUGCAAUCAUAUCAUUUUUAGAUUAAGGCCUGCACAUGGCCAUAAGUAAUUUUAGCUGUUAAUUGGUCUCGUUCUAUUUACAAUCGAUAACAUUUGACCUUUGUUUUCGGUUCUGCUAUUGUGGGACACUCCCGAUCACAUUUAUCUUUAGUGUUGUACUAGAAAGAGUAAUUUAUUCGUUGGUUGUUGCAGACUUUACACAUUAUUGACUGUUGUUAACUCGUAGUUUAAUCAUUAGAGGAAUAGUUCAGCUUGACAAGUGCCUGUGAUAGUGCAAAAUGAACACUAUUAUUAAUA